CCAACAAGCUUCAUACAUUGAUCUCAGCUAAACGUCAUUCUGUUUAAGAUCAAGAAUGUGUCCACUAGGCAUAGAUGUCUCUCAAACUGGAAAUGUCAAGACGUUGGAGUCAGCGGGAACCAUUUUUGAGAUUGAAGAUUCUGAUAUCCUCAGGAUUUCGGAAAGACCCAGAGCUAUAAAUGUAGAGAGGAAUAGAUCCUUUGAGGAAAGGCCUUCAAGUGAAUUGUCAAUUACCUCACCCCGCCAUUCGCUCAAAAUAUUAACAGACCACCUUGAAGGUCUAUCUCCGCAUGGUAGAAGGUCUGGGUUUAACACACCUAGAUCAUAUACUUACUUUGAGGCUCAUGCCAUGGUAGCUGAGGCAUGGGAGAAUUUGAGGCGCUCGAUUGUUUUCUACCGCAGACAACCAGUUGGUACUAUUGCUGCAAUAGACCAUUCUGUGGAAGAGCUUAAUUAUGAUCAGGUUUUUGUCAGAGAUUUUGUUCCAAGUGCCUUGGCGUUUUUGAUGAACGGGGAGGAAGAAAUAGUCAAGAAUUUUCUUUUGAAAACUCUUCACUUACAGUCAUGGGAGAAAAGGAUAGACCGGUUCAAGCUAGGAGAGGGAGUGAUGCCAGCAAGUUUCAAAGUAAUCCACAAUCCGGUAAGGAACAGUGAAAUCUUAAUGGCAGACUUUGGUGAGAGCGCAAUAGGGAGAGUUGCUCCGGUUGAUUCUGGAUUUUGGUGGAUUAUUUUGCUUCGUGCAUAUACAAAGCAUACAGGAGAUUCUUCCUUGGCCGAAAUGCCUGAUUGUCAAAGGGGCAUGCGCCUCAUUUUGAGUUUGUGUCUCUCAGAAGGCUUUGACACAUUCCCGACUCUGCUCUGUGCUGAUGGAUGCUGCAUGAUUGACCGCAGAAUGGGGGUAUAUGGUUAUCCUAUUGAGAUUCAAGCGCUGUUCUUCAUGGCGCUAAGAUGUGCUUUGCUUUUACUAAAACCAGACCAGGAAGGCAAAGAAUUCAUGGAACGUAUAGUUAAACGCCUCCAUGCCUUAAGCUAUCACAUGAGGAGUUAUUUUUGGCUGGAUUUGAAGCAGCUAAAUGACAUAUACCGCUAUAAAACAGAGGAAUACUCUCACACUGCAGUCAACAAGUUCAAUGUGAUGCCUGAUUCGCUGCCAGACUGGGUGUUUGAUUUCAUGCCAAUUCGGGGUGGUUAUUUCAUUGGAAAUGUCAGCCCUGCAAAGAUGGAUUUCCGCUGGUUUUGCUUAGGAAAUUGCGUGGCGAUUCUGUCAUCUUUGGCAACUCCAGAGCAAGCUGCAGCCAUAAUGGAUCUUAUCGAAUCACGCUGGGAAGAAUUGGUUGGAGAAAUGCCGUUAAAAAUAUGUUAUCCAGCUCUGGAGAGCCAUGAAUGGCGAAUUGUCACAGGUUGCGACCCCAAGAAUACCAGGUGGAGUUAUCACAACGGAGGAUCUUGGCCUGUCCUUCUAUGGCUCCUCACAGCGGCUUGUAUCAAGACUGGGCGCCCACAAAUUGCCAGACGUGCCAUAGAACUUGCUGAAACCCGGUUGUCGAAGGACCACUGGCCCGAGUACUAUGAUGGAAAGCUUGGCCGAUACAUUGGGAAGCAGGCUCGUAAAUUCCAGACUUGGUCCAUUGCUGGGUACUUGGUAGCCAAAAUGAUGCUUGAGGAUCCAUCUCAUCUCGGUAUGAUAUCGCUGGAGGAAGACAAACAGAUGAAGCCCCUCAUGAAAAGAUCUACUUCCUGGACUUGUUGAUACCUGUUCUUGUCAAUCCACCAUCGUUUUCCACAUAUGUUUGCACAUCAAAAAUGCUUCUUUUUUUUUUUUAUGAAAUUGAGAUCUCUAUGUUAAGGAAAGGAUCAUACUAAGAAUAUUCAU